CGUAAAAAUCAAUAAAAAUAAUGAAAACAACAACACCGAUCAUCACAAACUUGUGCUCUAGAUGAGUUUGACUGAGCACAUUUCAGAACGAGCAUAUCGCGCGCUGUGAUUCGGCUACUAAGUAUCAAACGAUGCCGCGACGAAGAGCAGCGCAGUCUGCUGCAUCAAAAAUCUCAGUCAUAGCUGACGACGAACAAACUGUGAAGAAAGAAAAGUCUUCAAGAAGUGGUAAAGCUGACGGGAAUCCUGCAAGAAAGUCAAGCCGUCAAAAGAAAACGAAUACAAUUGAUAUCACUCCAGAUAUAGGGAAAUCAAACGAGAACAAUGAUCCAAGCGGGAGAGAAAAAUCAGAAAUUCCAGUACCCACACAAGGAUCGAGGGGUAAAAGCUCGACUUCGAAGAGAAAGGGCAAAGGUUUUAGAAAUGUAGAACAUGCUAAGCUGUCAAAAAAUGAUAACGACGAGGUUAUUCAAAGCAAAUACCAAACAAAUUUUGAUGGAGCAAGUGAAGAGUUCCAAAAGAAGGGAGAAACGGUGGUUAAAAGGGCGGGAACUCGUGGAGGACCAAAGAAAAAAGUAGACAAUAAAAUCGGGUGCCUAGAAGAAACCAGGAAAACUGAAAAUAACAAAGUAAAAUCAAGAGGCAGGGGGUUUCCGGAAGUGAGCAUCACAUCAUGCAGGUCACCCACAGAGAGAAGAAAGAGAACGAGGCAAAUUAACCCAACCACCAUGAAACCAGAAGCAGCACAAUAUAAAGAAUCACGCCACAAGGAGGAUGAAAAAGAAAAUGGAGACCCCGGAAGACAAGAAAGGAGAGCUAGAGGCAGGAAAAAGGCAGACGGAGAAAUUAAAAACAAUACGGUAGAUUCAGAACUGGAAGCCACCCAAACACAAACUACGGCAAUGAAAGUGGGAUUUCGGAAGACAAAGAUAAAACAAGCACAGGGGUUGUUUUCCUCAAAGACAGAAGAUCAUACAGACAACGUAGAACAGAAGAUAAGAACCACCAGAUCACAAAUUUCACAGUGGUGGCAGAAAUGUUUCUUUGGAGCACAAGGGAGAAAGCUAUUUCGUCCAUAUUAUGACGAGAAUUGGACAACGUCAAACCUAUUAGUUCACACGAAAGAAGAAGCAAGGCUUAGGAAAUAUUACGAGAAGAAUCAUCAUAUAUUUGAUAACAUUUCUCUGCAUCAGAACGAAGAAAGCAAAAUGGCGACUGUGCAUACUGACGAUCUGAACCGGAGACUGGAAAGUAUCGAAACCGAUUAUCAAUAUCGACUUCAAGAAAAGGAUCAGAAAAUUACAGAGUUGGAAAAGAGUGUCCAAGAAAUGAGAGCCCAGCAGUCAAUAAUACAGACACAGUCUUUGAAAAAAGACGAGGAUAUGACAGUACUUCGAAACUCUCUGGAAAAAUUAGACAUGACAUACACUAAAGAAAAUGAUGAUAACAGUCUGACCGAGGAUUUCCAUGAAGUGAAUGUUUUGCAUGAAUUUUGUCAGAAGCAGAAAAAGACAAUACGUAACCUACAACGAGAGAUUGAGCAAUUGCGGGAAAAGGCGAAACAAACGAGUGAUACCAAUAACACCGAUCCGGAGUAGCAGAUAUUUUAUUGGCACAAUCAGUUCGUUAAAGAUGAUUUUUAUCCAUGUCUUAAAUUCUAUGUACAUGAUUUUAUGGAAUAAAAGUUGCUUAUCGCA